AUGCCUAAAACUAGUUAUUUAAACAAAAAUUUUGAAUCUGCUCACUAUAAUAACGUACGUCCCUCUUACCCUUUAUCUUUAGUCAAUGAGAUAAUGAAAUUUCACAAAGGCACACGCAAAAGUUUGGUUGAUAUUGGAUGUGGCACAGGAAAAGCAACUUUUGUCGUUGAACCCUAUUUUAAGGAAGUGAUUGGGAUUGAUCCUUCUUCUGCUAUGCUUUCGAUUGCUGAGAAAGAAACAAAUGAACGUAGAUUAGAUAAAAAGAUUAGAUUUAUUAAUGCGCCUGGUGAAGAUUUAUCCAGCAUUCGACCAGAAAGUGUAGAUAUGGUUAUUUCAGCAGAAGCCAUCCAUUGGUGCAAUUUAGAAAGGCUGUUUCAGCAGGUUUCCUCUAUAUUACGAAGUGAUGGAACUUUUGCAUUCUGGUUUUAUAUUCAGCCGGAAUUUGUGGACUUUCCCGAAGCCUUGAAUGUAUAUUACAAAUAUGGAUGGAGCAAGGAUUAUAUGGGUAAAUAUCUGAACGACAACCAACGGGAAAUUUUGUUGAAUUACGGUGGUGAAAAGCUACGUUCUUUAUUGUCAGAUCGAUUUGGAGAUAUUGAAGUCACAAUUUACAGUCCUUCGGACCCAAAUGCAUCAACAGUAACGGCUGAAAACAGUCAGUUUCUCUGGAGAGCAGCUAUUACUCUCAAUCAAUUUAAAGAGUUUGUGAAAAGCUGGAGCAUAUACACUUCUUGGGCUAGAGAUAAUCCCUCGAAACCGGAUAUUGCCGAUAUAUUCAUUAACGAGCUCAAAGAAAUCUGUCAUUGUGAAGAUUUGAAUGUACCUUUAAAAAUAGAGUGGUCAACGUUUUAUUACUUAUGUAGGAAAAGAGAAUGA